AUGGUGACAACAAAUAUGGAGAUAGAUGAAAUCAAAAUUUUGAGAGAAUCUUCUUUACAUAAUAAUAAUCAGGAUAAUAAUAAUAGCAUUGAUAGUAAUAAAUACAAUAGUAAAAUUAAUAGUAAGAAAUAUGAUGGAUAUGAUAGAAAUCAGUAUUGGAAUUAUAAUGAAUAUUAUUUUUCUCAUGAUUUUGGAAUUUUUUCAGAUAAUGUUGAUGUAAAAAGGCCAGCAUUACCGAAACAAAAUAAACCAACGACAAAAAUAGCUGAAAAGGUUUUAAAUGUUGAUAAAGAGCUUAGAAGUGACCAAGUUAAACGAAGUAUUAUUGCACAAGAUGAUAAACUUAUUAUGCGAAUGCAUUUGAUAUAA